GACAUUUCCAAAGUUUGCAACGUUAUUUUAAGAAUGACAAGAAUUUUCAUAUAUAUAUAUAUAUAUAAAUGAUAUAAUAUUUUUAAACUUUGGGCGUCUUAAACAGGAAUGGGAGGUAUUCUGAUAAUUCCAUUUUUGCAGAUACGGAGUUUCUCCAUUACCUGUCGAGGGUUUUCGAGGCAGGCAGAGCAAGAGGGAUGGCGAGGGCUCUCGGAAGACCGCUGGGGAAGUGCAGAUUCUACUCUCUAACACCUUCCUCCUCUUUCUGCACUGAGGGCGACGGAUUUCAGAGUUCUCGCGUUAAGAUAUUCGAUCGGGAUCUCAAGCGAAAGCAGAGGGAUCGAGCUGCGUGGUUGAUGAAAGGAAAAGACGAGUUUGUCGACUCCGUCGCCGAAAACCUUCUGGAUCGCCUCCAUGAUUGCAGAAAGACUUUUCCUACGUCACUGUGUCUUGGAGGUUCUUUAGAGGCAGUUAGGCGCCUUUUACAUGGGCGUGGUGGCAUUGAGAAGUUGAUCAUGAUGGACAUGUCAUUUGAUAUGAUUAAAGCAUUAAAAGAUACGGAUGACAAAUAUUCAAAUGAGAAGCUUGAGACUUUCUAUGUUGUUGGAGAUGAAGAGUUCCUGCCAAUGAAAGCGAAUUCUGUGGAUUUGAUAGUAAGUUGUCUUGGACUUCAUUGGACCAAUGAUCUCCUGGGAGCCAUGAUACAAUCCAGAUUGGCUUUGAAACCUGAUGGUCUAUUUCUUGCGUCUAUCCUUGGUGGAGAAACUUUAAAGGAAUUACGAAUAGCAUGUACCAUUGCUCAAAUGGAGCGUGAGGGAGGUAUCAGUCCUCGUUUAUCACCUUUGGCACAAGUCCGGGAUGCUGGAAAUCUUCUGACAAGGGCUGGCUUCACUCUCCCAGGCGUUGAUGUGGAUGGAUAUACUGUGAAAUACGAUAGUGCUUUGGAGCUCAUUGAACAUUUGAGGUCUAUGGGUGAAACAAAUGCCCUUUUACAGAGGAACCAUAUCCUAAAAAGGGACACAGCUUUAGCGACUGCCGCCGUGUAUCAAUCAAUGUUUGGCCAUGAGGAUGGAACUGUUCCGGCUACAUUUCAGGUUAUGUACAUGACUGGUUGGAAGGAGCAUCCAUCACAACAGAAGGCCAAGAGGAGGGGCUCUGCUACCGCAUCAUUUCAGGAUAUUCAGCGACAAUUUGGUAAUAACAGUAGCUGAUCUUUGAAUAAACAAGUUUGACAGAAGCUUCAAUUUUCAUGAGAUACGUCGCUUCAAAAGUCAGACUUUGCUCAAAGAAAUCUUGCAACCGACUUGGUAUGGACUAGACUCCUGGUUCACUAGAUUUGAAGAACUUAUGAAACUAAACUCCAUAAUAAAUCUAUUUAUUUUUGGGUCGGUGAGCUAAAAAUAGUGGCUGUACUAUUAACCAAACUGUGAUUCCCUGAAAUUUAAUCGGGGGCUCAUCAUUGAUUGAAAGGGAGUUAAUUCUGGAAGUUGCUUCUCCA